AAGUUUCAGUCGGCUAACCCAAUGACCUUUGGCAUAGCGAUGUUCGGACACUUCUGCCAUGUGGUAGAUCACACCAUGCCCUGGUCCCGUACUGCUGUGCUGAGUCUGUAUAAGAAGCUGCUGAGAGAAGGCCGUUCCCUCCGCUACACUGACCAGGACUUCUACAGGGCCAGGAUUCAGCACGAGUUCCGCAAGUACCAACACGAGGACGACCCUGAACAGAGAGAGUUCCAACUGAAGAAGGGGCAGAAGUUUCUGGAAACAAAGCUGGGUGGUUUGUGCUGAGCACCUCUCAAAUAGCUACAGAGAGAUAUUUUCAACAGUUAAAAAAAACGAACUUUCCAG